CACAAGAGAUUUCUCUCUUGCGGCCUGAGCCCAAGAGGUUGCCGAAUUUCGAAUGCAGUACGUGUACGUGGUUUUACAAACUCACCCCCUCUUGUCACUUGCGCUAACCAUUGGAGUUAAAACUAGUAUAAAUAGCCCUCCAUGUUAUGCUUCUUAGCAUCUCCACAAAGUUGUUCCCAAGCACAAAUUAAAACCUUAGCCCCAUCUUAGCUUCCUUCCCCUCUCACUAGCUAGUUGUCUUCUCAAUAUUUUUCUUUGUAAUCCUUGUCCAAUGGCUUCUUUUAUUAGCUCCAAGAAUGUGGCAAUCCUAGCUCUUGCUCUUGCCCUCUGUGUGCAAGGCAUUGUAGGUGGAGCAAUAGAAUGUGAGAAUCUCAACAAGGACUCGUGCGCUUUCGCCGUUUCAUCUUCUGGAAAGAGAUGCGUGCUGGAGAAGAGCGUGAAGAGGAGCGGGGAGGAAACCCACACAUGCCGCGCAUCAGAGAUCGAAGCCGAUAAACUGAAGGACUGGGUCGAAACCGAUCAGUGCAUGGAUGCUUGCGGGCUGGAGAGGUCCGUGCUUGGAAUCUCGUCGGACUCUCUCCUCGAGGCCCAUUUCUUGCAGAAGCUUUGCUCAAACCAGUGCUACAAUAGCUGCCCCAACAUUGUGAACCUGUAUUUCAAUCUUGCUGCUGGUGAAGGAGUAUUUCUUCCCAAAUUAUGCGAAACACGAGGCGAAAAUGGACGUCGGGGACUGGCCGAGUUCAAAAGCUCCGGAUUCGUUGCACCUGGACCUACAGGUGUCCACCCGGUGAAAUUCACGGUCGCUCCGAUAGUUGCCCCAACUCCCUGUGUCCACCCGGUGAAAUUCACAGUUGCUCCGAUAGUUGCCCCAACUCCCUAUGAAAACUAGUCUAAAAUCUAGAUAUAAGUAGUUUGCAAUAAGCAAGUCUUUUAGUGACUGCAGGUAAUGGGAUUGGAGUGUGUUUUUUUUUUUUUUGGCGUAUGUUUGUUACCGCUUGUAUUGAUCGACGUUCGAGUCGUGAUCAAUCAGACAUGCAAACAUGAAUAAAGUGAUUUCCGAUAGUCAUUAGGAAGAUACAACACUUGUUCCCGGGGUUAUACUCUUUCAUGUUUAUAGGAAGAAGAUGUAAUAGUGUAAUAUGGAUUUGGCUGAAAUAUAAGAAUGUUUGGUUUACAGUCC